AUGUCGUCGGAAGCAGCUGCCACGGCGCUCAAGUCUCGAGCAGAGGUGCAGCUCCUGAACUCUCUUAACCAGAAGAAAGCGAGCUCCAUGUCGUCGGAAGCAGCUGCCACGGCGCUCAAGUCUCGAGCAGAGGUGCAGCUCCUGAACUCUCUUAACCAGAAGAAAGCGAGCUCCACGUCGCUGUAUCUCAAGGAAGAGCAGCUGAAAGCAGAAGAUGAAGAGGAUUCACAACAAACUCAAGCGCGGAAUCGAAUCUCCUUCGAGGCAAUGUCAGCGUGUAGCGAGGAAGCCCGGAUGAUCUCGGAGGUCCGGCAGCUGGAGGACGAUUUCUUCAUCGUAGGCGCCGAGAACAACCAGAAGCUGCUUCAAACCCAGCCAGAAGGUCCCAGUCAGAUCGAAUUGAACGCUGUUCGUCGUCGUGAUCGCCACAUGGAGGCUCAGAUGCAGUACGGAGAAGAAGUUAAGGCCAUUAGCGAGGACGUGGAAGUCGCGAUCAUCCGAGCAGCUGAUCACGUCAAGGAAGUACUUGCCACAGUCGAUUUGGCGAUCCAGGAGGCAAAAUCAGCGCUUACGAACAACGAGCUGUUGCUGGCGUCUGACAAUUACAAAAUCCUGCGGAUGUGGAGCGAGUUGGACGCUGUUUGCCAGCGGAGAACGGACGAGAUCGCACAGUUCGCUGCUCAACUAGAAGAAAUUGAGCAAUCUCGCAUCAAUCGGAUACGCAUGGGCCUGCAACGAUUGACGUGUGUGUUGAUGGAGACAGCACACGCUCUGCCGCCUGAAGUGGAGCGUAUCAUCGAAGCCGAGGCGUAUGAAGUGAAUACCGUAGUGAUCUCUAAUCGCAGAGUGUAUGCAGAUCUGGUGGCCAGGAUGGAGACGGCCAAUGUCGAUGUCUUCCUGAACGCCAGACUCGCGUGGGAACAGGGUCAGAUACGCUGGCGUCACUUACGGCACGAAGAUGUGAUUGCCAAGUUCCAAGCCACACUCAACUCCCCUCUGUUCACAGACCCAGAGGAGCGACAGCAGUUACUUGAGCAGAUUCGAGUUUUCCAAGAGAGAAUUCACGACGAGCAGCGUCUAGCGGUUCUGAAGCAGUUGAAGGAUGCUGGAGCUUCUCUCACUUCGGACCAAGCGAAACGUUUCUUGGAGGAGUUGAGUUGUACGCAGCAGUUUGAAGAAGAGAAGAACCAGUCCUUCUUUUCUGAGUUGAGAGGACUCCAUGAGUCCAAAGAUGACGCUGCUAAGGGCCUAAGAGAGGCUCUGCGCUUGGAACUUCACGGCUUUGGAGCUAUGGCGAAGGAAGGAGCGAUUGCAGAGGCCAAGAAAACUCUACUCACGCUGCUCAGUGACGACUCGAUGGAAGACUUUUUUCGUGCUGCUGGCGGCUUGAAAGUCGAGCUCGAUACUCUGGCGAAGCAGCUUUGCAUCGCAGACCUCAUUUACAACUCAAACCUGGAGCCAGUCGUGAGUUCUGUGGGAAUCCUGUUGAGUUCGCUACCACUGGCAAAUGUGAUGGAGAAGCAAGGCAAAGAGGCGGAGCGGAAGGCAGUGCAGUCAACACUCGAUAAGGUCCGCAAGGCCACCAAAGGCGAGAUUAUGUCGCUGUUACCCAGUCUGCAGACUCAAAUCUCGAUGCUCAUGAACCUCGAGGAAAUGAGCGACAAGUUUAAAGCUGAACUUGGUGACAUUGCAGCCCAAUUGGACACAAUUAUCCGCGAGUACGGCUCUAUUCAAGACAAUGAAGCAUCAAAUUCAUCAGCAAUUAGCACGAUCACUUCAUUAAUGGGAGCUUCAAAUGACAAGCGUCCUCCGUCCGUAGCUGCCCCAGCGAGUGUCAAGAGUACGACAAAGAUCCCUGCAACAAUCACUACGACAUCGCUUUCUAAGGGCAAGACAAUUGAUAUAUCUCAAAACAAUGGUAACGCUGUUGAUCUCCAGGCGAUUCGAAAGGUGCAACGAAGUCUCGGUACGCUUCUGUAUGCGUCUGAACUGGGCUUACCCUGGCAGGAGCAUUUGCAUUUCAUCGCCGACCAGCUCCAGUUGCAGACUAAUGCUAAUCGUAUCGUGGAUGAAGUCAUUACUAAAGAAUGUAACGCUCUAAUUGAAACGCGACAACAAGAGAGUCGACUGCUAGUGGAGGAAAUGGGGAAGCGGAUGGAGCAGCAGAGCGCACAGCUGCACGAUCAUGUCGAGAAGCUCGCAAGGUUUUUCCUUCGAGUGGUGCUUUGUCUCGAGGAAAGUGUUGAUAAGGUUCAGUACGUCAACUUGAGUGUGAUGGAUCUCCUGGACACACUUAAAGACAACGAUGAAGACGCUCUGGCUGAUCUGGAGACCAAGUUAACGCAGAGCUCCGCACGUCUUCGACACUCGCCAAAUAGCAACGUUUUACGUGAGGAAUUCCAGCGUUCGUCGGAUCUCUUGAUGCACAUUGAAGGAGAGUAUCGGACCUAUGACAAGCGCGUGUCUCUGGCUGCAGAUAACAAUGUCGUCGCGAUCGACAAACAGCGACUGCUGUAUCUUCAGCGUCUCUGCGACUUCUUUGGGUUACAUCAGACAAAUCAACCCCAGGGUGAUGACUCGUUUAACCUAGACUACUUCCUCAGCGCGCAACAUAUUGAUAUCCCCAUAUCGGUGGUUAAUCCAGUUCCUCAAGAGAAAACGAGCAACAGCAUUGUCGAGGCUUGGACUGGAGAGCCCCCGCCUGCGUCUGAUGAGCCAGAGCCCCCAGAAAAGGAAAUAUUUCGAACGACAUCGGGCCUCGAGAUGGUUGUCGUUCUCUCUCUUACCGGCCUUGCUCAGAACAUCUUAAUACAAAGUGAAGAGGAGGACACGGAGCAACAAUUGGUAGAGGAAGUUGGACCAACUGACCCUUCUUCUAGUGAGCAAAACACACCCCGUGAUGAUAAACUAAGUUCACGUACGAAUGAAGAGAACACGACGGAAUUUGAGCCACAAAGUUCACGAUCGCUAGAGCAAACUGUACUGGAGAAAGUUCAAACGGAGUUCUUGGUACUGAGUGUCCCCAGUAACACUGUUGAGAGCCUGCUAGCCACUUUUCGAGACGCUAUUUUAUCCAAGUAUGACUCGGACGCGACAACUACUGCCACUCAGACGGAAGAAACUCGUGAUGAACGCCACGCGAGCUCUUCAAUGCUCCUCGAGGAGAGACUGCGUGUUCACUGGCCACGCAAAGGAAGACUGGACGUGCAGUUCUACCAGCCUCGAAUGGGGGAGCUUUUGAAUCACCAGCAACGACAAGAGCGGCAUCUGCGUGGAGUCUGGUUAAAGGUGGAUGAACAGCAAGCAGCAUUCGCGAAGAAAGUGGAGGAAGCUCUUGCACACGUGGAGCAGACCCGAGUGACGCAGAUCAACUUUCAAGCUCAGCUUCCCCUUCAACAAAGCCUGGCAGCUCUUCAGGGCCUGGAAGUGAAGACCAAGAAGCGUCUCGGAGUCUUUAAAGGCGAAGCGAUGGAGAUCCUGGCUGCACUUCAAGCAAUGACAGCUAGUGAUAUCAACAGCUUAUUAUCGUCGUGUCAAGACUAUAUCCGCGCUUGUUCGUCUCAACUUUUCCCCGACUUGACGAGCACUGAGAUUAUCACUGGAUGCGAUUACCACCCCGAGGAGAUCAGUGCGAUCAAGGAAAAACUCGCUGCUGUUGAAGCUCAGACUCGGGAUCAAAUAUCCGAGCGAGAGAAGCAAAUUGAUGAGAUUAGUAGCAAGCAGGGCCAAAUUCUGGACAUGUGGGAAGCGUUCAAGACGAGGUCUCAGAUGUGUAUGCAGAGUUUGGCUAUGAAAGAAGGACUUGGGCAGAAGUUCGGCCUUCCUCGGAGAACAGCUCAAGAGCGCUAUCGGUCUGAAAUGACGAGGUGUGAAGCACGUUCUGCUGCGAUUAAUACGCUCUUAGCGUCACUUGUAUCGUUAGUCGACGAAGGGAAAAGUGGCGGACAUUCGGAAUCACUGCUCAAUGAGCAGGACCUUACACGUGAUGUGUUAUCUAAGCUGAUGCAGCUCCGUGCGAAGAUUUAUCAUCGAGGAAUGUACUUUGGAUUCUUACGAUCUCCUAGCCAACUGGAACUCAAGCCAGCUGAGUUUAAUCCAGCAACAGGGAGAGAAGAGGAAAUGAUACGUGACCACGAAGUAGUGGACGAAGAGGAUCGAGUGCUAGCGGUUCCUUUCUUAGAGUUUGCCGGUCAAGUGAGCGCUAAAUGCCAAGAAGAAACGAAGGCAUUGUACCAGCACGAAGGGAAAAAUGAAGAGCUCCCGCCGUCGGGUGUACCCGCAGUUUUGGAGGAAUAUCUGUCCGGUCAACUGGAAAAGGCUCGGGCGUUCGUGAUGCUACAAGAAAUGUCGUAUCGAGAGCAAGUGGAUUUGUUCGCAGAUCUGUUGACUCUUGCACCGGGAGUCGUUGCGAGAAACUUGGCGGAGCAGGCAAAGCUAGAAAUGCGGCGAAAGAUUUCCGAAAUGGUCUCAGCGUUUGAGUCUCAAUAUCAGUCGUGGAUGGAUCUCAAAAACCGUCAUACAUUAGAGCUGCGACCGCAUCUCUGCAGUCCUAACAACGUUCACCUUCUAAAAGAGCUGGAAGAGCGUGAAAAAGCGCGCUCGACGUCAACUCAAGUUGCUCUGUACAACCUUCGAAGCCAGUUCUUGGCGGAGCAGAUUCAGAUCUCGUUGGCGUUCGAAGCGAGACUGAUUGGACUCUGUCAGUGCCUGAUGCUGCUGCUGGACUCGUCGGUGCUGUCGCUGGACGAUCUGAAGCCAUUUUCAGGCGAGGAACUGCCGAAGCGUAAGCGCAAGUCACUGAAACGACUGCGCAAAGUGGCUCGAGUGAAUGAAUUCGGCGAUUCUCGCGAAGUGAAACGAACUGCUGCCGAGCUGCAGAAAUUGACUCAAGGCGGCGAGACUCCGCGCUUUCCGCUGCGGUCGUGGACUGGCAUUCCUUCGUUUGGAGUGCAGUCACUCUGGGAAGAGGUGAAGGCGGAUAUUCAGGCCAAGGAUUUGGCAAGACAGUCCCCUGAAUCUGUUGUACAACAUGACACUUCCGUCCAAGAUUUGAUCUGUUUACCUCUGGCAUCCAACGACGGCGCAUGUGUUGCCCUUCUCACCCCUGCACACCGAGCACUCAUUCGAGCACGAGAUUCUGCCUACACCGAUUACAUGAUCUUCUGUCGCGAGGAAACGAGACGGUUUCUAGACAAUCUCCACGAACGAAUUGAGGACGAAGUCAAGUGGAUGCUGAGCUGGGAAAAAGGGAUAUCGAACAUGAGACAGCAAUUGCCAAUAUGAAUGCCUCGAACAAGUGAUCCAUAUACAUAGGGCUGUUUUGUGUAUUGCACGAAACGUUUCGUGCAGUUCGUGCACUUGCAUUUAACAUUUUAUUACGUAUAGAACCCAUACUUACAAGCCAUCGUUAAUUGACGUCC